AUGAAGUUCAAGGCCUCCUUCACCGACGACGGCAUCUCCCUGCUCGACAAGCGGUUCCUUCCGGCCAUCGACAAGGUGGGCCGCGUGUGCCACGUCUACCUCACCCCCACGCACGCCAUGCUCCUCCACAACCUCCUCGGCUCCACGGGGCCCGAAGGCGACGGGCCGCAGUGCGUCGCGCAGUUCGCCAAGGACCUCCUCUUCCGCGAGUACAACGUGUCGUCGCGGGACGGCAACCGCGUCGCCUUCUCCGUCGACGUCGCGCUGCUCCAUCGCGCCCUCCGUAGCGCGCUCGCUGUCCACGCGCAGUCGCCGGCUACCGGGGACGCCCCCGCAGCGAUUCAGGUCAAGCUCGUCAACAAGCAGACCCCCGGGUCCCGUUCUGCUGCCCCGUUCCUCACGUUCGAGACCAAGGGCGCUCGCUCCGCCGUCGUGCAGGACGUGCCCAUCUCGAAGCCACUGUCACGCUCCGAUGUUGCGCGCUUGCAGGACGCACUUGACGCCGCCCAAGAGCUUCCUGAGACUCUGGUCCAGGUUCCAGAUCUACAACAGUUACAGAAUUUGGUGGAUCGUCUAAAAAACAUUGGUGAUCUUCUGUCUGUAACUGUUACCCAAUAUGGUGAUCUCCAUCUGCAAGUUUCAACUUCUCUUGUUACUCUUGGUUCAGAAUUCAAAAGGCUUCGGAUUCUUGGUGCUCGUGCAAAUGCACCUGUCGUUGAUCAAAAUGUGAGUGCUACCAUUCGUAUGGAAAUGGCGGUUGAGAGAGGGGAAGCACUGUCAGUGCAAGUGAGCAUGAAGCACCUAGUUAAGAGCCUACAAUGUCAUUUGGCCAAGCCAGAUUGUACCUUCUAUGGUAUUGCUCCUAAUGGUGCUUGCCUGACAGUGAUAUUCCAGUACUUCAUUCCAGGAACACGGUUGACAGAUAAAUCCAUCAGCUUUUACUGUAGGCUUCCAGUCCUUGACCCUGGCACCAGCUAA